AUGGCCCAAGAAUCUCCUGCCCUUACAGUGGUAUCGUUAAUACCCGAGAAUGAAAGCGCAAAAGAUGGAGUGAUUGAUCACGCGAAAUCGAGAAGAAAUCCUCUUCUUCGGCAGACAAGCCAAACUCGUCUUGUAAAGUCGGCAAAGUCGAAUUUUGACUCCAAAUCGAGCCGAAAGGCAACUUUGGUUGUCCGCAGAUUUAUCGACGGCAAGGGCUUCCAUUAUGGGACAGAGGUCGACAUCAAGUCGAGCCGGCUUGCCAAGGUCCUGCGGGAAAUCAAUCCGGACGUUGAAGGAGUGUCCCUCGCAUCAGCACCACCGGAGUUUUUCUACCACAACUGGGUUGCUCUUCAACAAAGGCUGGAGUUUGAGGAGAACACCCAUCCUCGCAACGAUGACCUGAUCGACGACCUCAGAGUCGUACUCAGAUUCAUAUCCGAGGACUAUGGAAUAUUGAAGCAGAAUAUUGACUCUUUGCUUUCGGCCGGAGAGAUCACGUGGGAGCUGCUGUGGGCGCUGUUUCCGCCCAACGUGCUUGUCUAUCACUAUCAUGAACUCACAGGGCAACAUCAGAUUCUACGAUUCCGGACAAUGAAGCAAGAGAAGAAGGAAUUUACUGAAACUUAUCAAUGGGUGUUCAGUCUCGACGUUAUUGUUGACGAUGGGGAGAAGUUCGGAGUUGCCAAAGAAUCCAUGCCGUUGGCAGUUCCUGAAUUCUCGGGCGCUUGGUCGAUCGAGGAUAUGUUGCUAUUUCCCCUGGACCGGCACCAGGAUGCUGAGAAGCUUCGGAGCGAGGCUCUCGAGCGCGGCAAACGCUAUGUGGCUAUUAAAGAGGCACGUUUGAUGCAGACGACCGGUUUUGCCAUGUUCGAAGAGAGGCGUCAGCCCUUCAUGAGACCGCAUUUCUUCAAAUUUGCCACGCACGGGCGAGCCAUUGUGGAUGCCCAGGCCCUCCGGCACUUCAACCCAAACCUUGCUUUUAUCCCUCGGGUGCACCGCAGCCUGUCUCGUGAAGGCCUUACCGAUGAACAACUGAUGAUAUGUCACCCUGUGGCUCUAGGCUUCAGCUUCGGUGAUAAAAAAUGGGGUGGACUACCCAUGGGACAUCUGACCGAAUUUAAAUGGAACGAUGAGGCUUUUGAAAAGUUGGUCAUGAAUAAGCAAGAGAAGGCCUUAGUUCACUCGCUAGUCAAGCAGCACUCCUCCAGUGAGAGCGAUAGUUUCGACGACAUCAUCUCAGGAAAGGGCAAAGGCCUGAUUGGGAUGUUCAGCGGACCUCCAGGCUCUGGGAAGACGCUGACAGCUGAGGCAGUAGCCGAGAUUACCAGGCGGCCGCUGUAUACAGUGUCCGCGGGUGAACUAGGCGUGGACCCGAAGAGCGUCGACGAGAAUCUUACCAAGAUCUUGGAGUUGGCCCACCGGUGGAAUGCAGUUCUGUUGCUCGACGAGGCCGACGUCUUCUUGCAGAAGCGUGAUACUCACGAUGUCAAUCGCAAUGCCCUUGUCAGCAUUUUCUUGCGCCAGCUCGAGUACUUCGAAGGCAUCCUGAUCCUGACGACCAAUCGCAUCACUCAUUGCGACCCGGCUUUCGCCAGCCGCAUCCAUAUCUCACUGAAUUACCCAGAGCUUGACGAAGGGGCGCGGGAGGCAGUCUGGAGAAAUUUCCUAGCUAAAGCCAAAGGAUCCCAAGACGACGUUGUGGUGGAUGUAAAGGAUGAAGAGGUCCGGGACCUUGCCAAAUUUGAACUUAAUGGAAGACAGAUCAAGAAUGUUGUUGGCAGCGCUCGUGCUAUUGCCAAAGUAAUGCAUCAGAAAAUCGACUUCUCGGGGAUCAAUACUGUUCUAGGAGUUCUUCGUACAGGAACCGUGAAUACCGAGGCGGACAACUUAAUCUGA